GCGACUCAGUGCGCAUGCGUUAAAGUACAAAACGGAACAUGGCUUCCCGACUUUUUCGACGGAGUCUUCAGUCUAUAUUAAAGAACAAUGUUUACUUAAACCAUUCUGGACAAAGCUGGAAUCAUUUCAAUGCAGCAAAGACAACGGCAGCUGCUUUCGUUGUACCUACAUUGGGUUAUUUGGCUUGGAACGAAUGGCGCAAAAGAUCUGAGACGAGUGGCGGAGCGCUGUGCGUUGCUCAAUGUACGUCGAAGGCGAGAGGCGAUGCCACCACAUCUGCAUCUCAGUCUGAAGAAGUAUCUGAACAGAAUGUGACUACUCAACGUCCACUUAGCUUUCGGGAACAAAGGUUUCGAGAUUUUGCUUCAGUUGAAUAUGAAGGUCAUUUAUACAUGACGCCUCAGGACUUUCUAGAAUCAGUUUUGGAAGACACACCAAGAACUCGAAUUGGUCAUACAAAACUGAGAAAGCAAGAUGUUGAUGAAAUGCUUAAAAAGACACCAAAUAAGUCAAGAAUGUCUCAGCAUUUGUUCCGGUCCCUCCAUAGCCAGGGUAUAAUCUCCUACACAGAAUAUCUGUUCCUUUUGUGUGUCCUAACCAAGCCUCGUUCUGGAUUUAGAAUCGCUUUCAAUAUGUUUGAUGCUGAUGGCAAUCAAAUUGUUGACAAAAGAGAAUUUCUGGUUUUGGAAUCUUUCUUCGCUUUGCCCCGUUCUGAGCAAAAGUUUAUUCCACGACCAGAAAAGACCCUAAAGUUACUGCUCAGUUUGGAACGUAUCUUCAGUUCACAAUCUGAUAAUGAAAAGAAGGCUGCUGAAGAGAAUGAGCUAGAAGCUUCGACUGAAGGCUCUGCUGAUAGCAGAGAAGUCAAACCGGUGGCGCCACCUGUCUCAGAAAUAGCAUGUAGACAUGUUACCGAUACCACUUUGUUAGUGCACUUCUUUGGAGCAAAUGGCACUGAUGUCCUCAAUUAUGAUGAUUUCCACAGAUUCAUGGAAAAUUUGCAGACAGAAGUUAUUCAGUUGGAAUUUACCGAUUUCUCCAAAGGUAUGCAAAGAAUAUCUGAGGAAGACUUUGCACGUAUUCUCUUACGUUACACAGUCUUGGAGAAGAAUGAAGUUGAAGAGUGUAUUCGACGUGUCAGAGAGAGGAUGCCAGAAGAAAAGGGAAUAACUUUUGAAGAAUUCAAAAGCUUUUGCCAGUUUCUGAAUAAUCUUGAUGACUUUCAAAUUUCAAUGAGAAUGUAUACCUUUGCUGAACAGUCGGUAUCUCAAGAGGAAUUUCAACGAGCCGUAAAAAUUUGUACUGGCUUCACUCUUGGCCCUCAUGUAGUAAACACAGUAUUUCAGAUAUUUGAUGCUGAUGGAGAUGGUCAUUUGAGCCAUAAAGAAUUUAUCUCUAUUAUGAAAGACAGAAUUCACAGGGGAGCUCGUGCACACGUUAUGACACAGCAUGGUAACUGGAACACAUUUAAAAACUGUGUUAAACAAGAGAUGAAAGCUAUGUACUAGCACAAGAUUCACUAUGUCAACAUCACUAAAUAUGCCCGAAUUGAAAAUACCAUAAAUUUACUAAUAUUUACUACUCCAUUUAUAUAUAUUGAGCCUACUCAUACCUAUAUAUCUAUAUAUAUAUAUUAUGUGUGUAUGUAUGUAUGUAUGUUUAUAUAUA